CGUCACUUCCAGGUCGUGCAGCCUCAGGUGGACAGUGCUGCCGCGCGUCAGACUGUGUGCGCGUGCGGGCCGCCGACACACGCAGUGAAACUUGGCGCCAAAGUCCACGUAGAGGUGGUCGCCGACCACGUGGUAGACCGUGCCCACCGCCAUCUUGUACCGGGCAUCUCCCAUCUGCACCAGCGGGCUGGCACGCAGCAGCGCGGCGAAGCUGACCUCUGGAGCCUUCGACGGCGAGCUGAAGGCGGCGGCGAAACCCGACUUUGGCUUGUCGUCGUCGGCCUGCUGGCUGCCUGAAGUCGCGGAGCAGAAGGUCCUGAGCGGGCAGGACAGCAGCGCAACUGGCCUCGUCCUCCAUAGCAACGCCAUCUUGCCCCUCUUCUUCUUCUUCUUCCUCUUCUUCCGGUGGCCGGCGGAAGUAGACUUCUUAGGCGCACUGCUGCCCCCCGCAGUUCCUUGGUGGGAUAGCUUAAACACUUUGUACUACUAUCUGUCUUUGAAUAGUUUUAUAUCUUCAUCUUUGACUUCAUGUACUUAGUGUGUGUAUUUAUGUACAAACAUACAUAGCGAAGUCAUGGUAAGACAAAUGGAAUACAGAAAUGGUAGACAGUAUAACAAAGUAUAGAAAUAAUUAUGUUUAUAAGUGUGUACAUGCGCAUGCGCACAGGGAGAAAAUAGAAAAUACAAGUCAAAUCAAAACAUCAUGUUGCUUGUUAUUGUGGGAUCGUGCUGGCGGAAGGAUCUACUUUCCAGCUCUGUGGCAUCACUGCAGGGGAAUAACAAUCCGCGUUGGUUAGGUCCUCGUCCUUCGUGAGUGUGUGUAAGUGAGUGUGUACUUCGUGUUGCCACAACAAGUGUCCGUCUGUAAACAACAACAUGCGCGGCGUGUAAGGUCCGCCGCGGUGCACAUUGACGGCAACAGCAGGCCCCCGAAGCGAGGAAGGCGACACCAUCUUCCGCCGACAUGCCGGGAAUGAUGGACAAAGGUUCGGAAUAUUUGGGCAAAGCUCGUUCUAAUGGCACCAAGAGUCCGUCCAACGCCUCCAACGGACAUUUGACGGACGACAGCGGCAGUGACGACGACCACGAUGUUGGAAUGAGAGUCGGAGCAGAUUACCAAGCACACAUCCCCGACUUUGAUGCUGGAUGCAGCAAGUAUUGGGAGAAGGACAAUGGAGGGAUGCUGGUGUGGUCGCCACAUCACAACAUCGAGGACACCAAGCUGGACGAGUACAUGGCACUGGCCAAGGAGAAACAUGGAUACAACGUUGAACAGGCCCUGGGCAUGCUGUUCUGGCACAAACACAACAUCGAGAAGUCUUUAGCGGACCUUCCCAACUUCACGCCGUUUCCUGACGAGUGGACGGUGGAGGACAAAGUUCUUUUUGAGCAAGCCUUCAGUUUCCACGGCAAGAGUUUCCACCGCAUCCAACAGAUGCUGCCAGACAAGUCCAUCUCCAGUCUGGUCAAGUACUACUACUCCUGGAAGAAGACCCGCUCCAGAACCAGUCUGAUGGACCGACAAGCUCGCAAGCUGGCCAGCAGAAGUAACCAGGGGGACAGUGAGGAGGAGAUGGAGGAGACUCAUGCCAUAGAAACCAACGACAGCGACUACGACCCCAACAAGGAAGCCAAGAAAGAGCCCAACCAGGCCGAGCCGUCCACGCCGGCGUCCAAGUUGGCGUUGGGUCGGCGGGAGCACCAGACGCUGCAGCAUCGCCACCAUCAGCGCUCCCGGUGCCGCCCUCCCAAAGGCAUGUACCUGACCCAGGACGACGUGGUGGCCGUGUCCUGUAGCGCCGCCGCCGCCAACGCACUCCUGCGCCAGCUGGACAUGGAGCUGGUGUCCCUCAAGAGGCAGGUCCAGAACGCCAAGCAGAUGAACAGCGGACUCAAGCAGGUGUUGGAGGUCGGCAUCAACCACCUGCGCCUGCCUGAGUGCGCUCAGAAGGUCAACGCUCGCUGGACCACUGAUGAGCAGCUACUGGCCGUGCAAGACAUCUUGAACAUCUUCUCUUUGACGCUAUCCAUCGAAACCAUGUCAGAUCAAUAUGCUCAAGUCAGCUCAGGUGCGUCACCUGGCUCAUCGUCCUCUCAGGCAGCGGUGCCAUCAAGCCCCGCCUCCGCCCUCCAUCAGCCCCCGCCCCUCCUGCGCCCCUCCCUGCCGGCCACGCCCUCUUUGCAUCGCCAGCCGCCGCCUCUUCAACAGCAGGCUCGCUUCCUGCAGCCCCGCCCCUCCCUGCAGCAGCCUCCGCCUCUCAUCCGUCCGACCAAUCCCCCGCCCCCACGUCUAAACCCCCGCCCUUCCGUGUCCACGCCCCUCGCCGCUAGUGCAGGGGCGACGAGUGCAAGCGGCGCUCAGCAGCCCGCCAUUGUAGCGGCCAACCAAUCAGACUCCUCCUCCCUCCACUGACCAACCAAUCAGACUCCUCCUCCCUCCACUGACCAACCAAUCAGACUCCUCCUCCCUCCACUGACCAACCAAUCAGACUCCUCCUCCCUCCACUGACCAACCAAUCAGACUCCUCCUCCCUCCACUGACCAACCAAUCAGACUCCUCCUCCCUCCUCUGACCAACCAAUCAGACUCCUCCUCCCUCCUCUGACCAACCAAUCAGACUCCUCCUCCCUCCACUGACCAACCAAUCAGACUCCUCCUCCCUCCACUGACCAACCAAUCAGACUCCUCCUCCCUCCUCUGACCAACCAAUCAGACUCCUCCUCCCUCCUCUGACCAACCAAUCAGACUCCUCCUCCCUCCACUGACCAACCAGGACCAGCUGGUCAACAACAGUCAAGACAAAUGUAGAUCAUGUACAGAAAGCUAUCUGCUGGGAUAGGCUCCAGCAUUCAUUUUUCUUUUUUCUGUAUACAUUCAAUCAAUCAUGUACAUCGUGAUCAAUAAGUUUGGUAUAGAAAUACAAACUGAUGAUUAAUGUGCUAAUCAAUAAGUUUGGUAUUGAAAUACAAAUGGAUGAUUUACAUGCUAAUCAAUAAGUUUGAUGCCACUAGCUGAAGGUUGAAGUGUUUAUUGAAAGGUUUGUGUUGUUAAAACAAGAACUUAAGUUGAUUACAAUUAAAAUGUAUUAGAAACGGAUCUAUUGAUCUGAU